UAUGCCUCAUUAUUAAUUAAUCUCGAUUGAUGAGUUAAUUAUCUCCUUAAUCUUUUGAAGAUUGAUGGCGGCUAAAACUAAUGUCAAAGUGUACGUGUACUUUGGAGGUCACAUAAUUCCCGAUGAUUGGGUAGUGCAAUAUAGUAUUGCUCACAAAACAGCAUUUCGAAUUAAACGUGACUUGUCCUUUGCACAAUUUUUGUCAAAGUUGUAUCAACUUCUAGAUGUCGAUGUUAAUCAGUUUGGGCUAAGAGUGUGUUGCAAAUCUUACAUUUAUAAUGGAGAAAGAAUGAGGGAGAUGAUUACCGAGAUGACAACAGAUAGGGUGCUACGUCAGUUUGGGAGGGUACAGCAUAUACCACCACAUCCUACUGAUCACGAUAUUGAGAUUAAAUUGCAUUCUUAUGAUCGUCGAGGUGCAGGGGGUAGAGAUUGGGCUCGUUUUCACGGUAUCUAUGUUGAUAGAUGGCAUCGCCGACUUGAUUCUCCCGUUGACUAUCCAUUUAUUGAGUUUAGGGGACCUCAGACAGAUCCAGGAUACUACGAGUGGUAUGAGAGGCACACACGUCGUUUGAUAUCACCGAUUGACAAUCUUGAUGAUAUCGGUUUUCAGGUCGGAGACCCGAUUUUACUGGAUCUUGUGGUUAGUAUUUUUCUCAAAACAACCAUUACUUUCGAUGUUUUACAAUUUGUUUUUUCAGUUUUUUAAGUUCUUAAACUUGUAAUGCCUUUUAUUUUAGGGUAAUCAGCUUAUAUCCAUGAGUCUUGCUGCUAGGGCAGUUUCUCGAGAUGACGAUCGGAUAUAUGAUCUGUAUCAGGACAAUGCUACACGGAUGUAUGCAGCUGGGACUCAACUUCUACGUAGAGAUGGUGCUUCGUUCAGCUUACCUCCGAUACCUCCUAUACCUUCUCCGCAUCGAGAUAGACGUACCAGAAGAAGGUCCAGCGCUACCGAAAGAGCUACUGAAUUGGAGCAUGACGUGAGACAUACGAGAGAGGG